ACUUUCAAUCUAUGUAGCUAUAAAAUCCUCAACUUGUUGAGACUUUCUUUUUCUCAAGGCAUCUCCUAAUAAUAGACACGAUUCGCAAAGCGAGAGAGAAAGCAAAAAUGGAGAUCAAUGAAGAAAGUUUCUUAGAGGAAUUAUUGGCUCUAAGAAGAGAAAAUUGGGACACAGUUCCAACACAAAUGAAUGAAGUUUUCUCUAAUGGAUGGAACUUUGAUUGCUUUGAUGAUAUGAACCUUUCAACUAGUUUGUUUCCAACUACUUUCUGCCAUGAAUUUUCAACAGCUUUGCCUUUGGAACAAGACUUGGGUUACUUCAAUGGAGUUUACUGCCCGUUUGGUGAUGAAUUCUCAGCACCACAACUCACAGAUUCAUCAAACAACACCUUUGAUACACCACCACCAUUUCCAAAUAUGUUGGAAGAAGAAGAGUCUGGUUUCCUUGCUGACGAACUUAACAAGCUAGAUGUUCAAGUCCCUUGCAAAGCUGAGCCAUUUCAAUCACCAGAAGCACCAGUUUUCAACAAUGAAGCAGCUGCUUGUUUAGACAGGAAGAACCGAGGUAAGAAGAUGGAAGGACAACAACCUUCAAAGAAUCUAAUGGCUGAAAGAAGGAGAAGAAAGAGACUAAAUGAUCGCCUUUCCAUGUUAAGAUCAAUUGUUCCCAAGAUCAGCAAGAUGGAUAGAACAUCUAUACUUGGAGAUACUAUAGAUUAUACAAAGGAGCUAUUGGAGAGGAUUAAAAGUUUGCAGCAAGAGACUGAAACAGAUUCAAAUGAGUUAAACAUGGCUCACAUUUUCAAGGGUGGGAAAUCAAAUGAAAUCUUUGUGAGAAAUACACCAAAGUUUGAGGUGGAAAGAAGAGAUGGGGAGACAAGGAUUGAGAUUUGUUGCAGUGGGAAACCAGGGUUGUUGUUAUCCACAGUGACAACACUGGAAGCAUUAGGCCUUGAGAUUCAACAGUGUGUUAUUAGCUGUUUCAAUGAUUUUGCAUUGCAAGCAUCUUGUUCUCAGGACUUGGAACAGAGAACAUUAAUAAGUUGUGAAGAUAUAAAGCAGGCAUUAUUUAGAAAUGCAGGGUAUGGAGGAAGAUGCUUAUAGGGACUGAAAUAGAAGCAACUUGUGGUGAAUAUUUUUGAUAUGUUCCUCCAAAAUCUGAUAUUUCAAUUAGCUUUUCAAGUGAGGAAUUGUUAGUAAAUUUUGCCUUUCUUAAAUAACUCCAAAAUUUCUAGUCAUUAAGAACUUUGUAAUAAUUGCUUCAAUUUGGAGAUGUUUAUUAAUGCAAGAUUCUUUAUUAGCUUUUC